AUGAGGGCCCUCAUAUUUCUCACCGUCAUCACCGCCGUUGCGGCCACCUUCUGCCGCUGCUUCCCUGGCGAUCCCUGCUGGCCAUCGAGCGAGACUUGGGACCAGUUCAAUCGCUCUGUUGAUGGUCGCCUGAUCAGGACGAUUCCGCUGGCAGCUCCGUGCCAUUCGCCUCAGUACGACCCGGUGUUCUGUACCGAGCUUCAGGUAUCAUGGUUUGCUCCGCAGCCGCACUACGAAUCCUCUUCGUCCCUCAUGGCCCCCUACUUCGGCAACAACACCUGCGAUCCUUUCCAUCCGAUCGAGCAACCCUGCGAGUUGGGAAACUACGUCGUCUACGCCGUCAACGUCAGUGAGCCCAAGCAUGUGAUCAAGACCCUGAAAUUCGCAGACAAGCACAACAUCCGCUUCGUCAUACGCAACACCGGACACGACUACGAGGGAAAAUCUACCGGAGCCGGUGGCCUGGCGGUCUGGGUGCAUUACCUCAAAGACAUCAACAUCACCGACCACUACCGAGAUAAAUUUUAUGAAGGACCUGCCAUGACAAUGGGUACCGGAGUGCAAGGACUCGAGGCGAUUGCUGCUGCCAACGCGAAGCGCUACCGAGUUGUCGCUGGAGAAGCUCCGACAGUUGCCAUUGCUGGUGGCUACACCCAGGGUGCAGGUCACUCGUCUCUCUCCUCUCGGUAUGGCCUGGCUGCAGAUCAAACACUGGCGUGGGAAGUCAUCGACGGACAGGGACGAUAUCUCGUGGCAACCAGGGAUAAUGAACAUUCGGAUCUCUAUUGGGCGCUUUCUGGCGGCGGCGGAAGCACCUAUGCGGUUGUCCUGUCUCUUACCGUGAAGCUCUACCCGGACGGGCCGGUGUCUGGCCUGAGCUUGAUACUGCCGAGACAGGACCUUUCCUCGGACCGAUACUGGGAAGCGAUCAAUCUCUUUCCGCCGAAUCUACCCGCGAUCGUUGACGCCGGAGCACAAGCGACAACCAGCGUAAGCAACGAGACCUUUUCGAUUGGACCGGUGGCCGGGCCCGAUAUCCCCGUCGACGAGCUUGUGCGAUUGUUCUCGCCGUAUAUGGCCCAGCUGGACGCCCUUGGCCUCACGUAUCUACUCAUACCUGCCCAGUUUCAAGACUACUUGGCUUUUUACCAGGGAAUGAUGGAACCCAUGAUAGUUAAUAUUGCACAGUACGGAGCCUGGCUCUUACCCCGCGAACUCAUUGAACGCAACCACAGCGCCGUCACAGCUGCAUUCCGAUCUAUGGUGCAAGAUGGCAUUGUCAUUGUGGGAAACACCUGCCUCAACGUGUCCAAGGCUGUAGCCGGCGACGUCUACAACUCGGUCUUGCCUGCCUGGAGGGACACCUUGAUCCACGUCAUAGUCCGGACGACGUGGAUAUACAACCUGGAUGCGCAGAAUCUGGACCUCGUGCGGAGGAUCACAGAGGAGUAUGUGCCACGCUUAACUGCACUUGCGCCCAAGUCCGGAGCGUAUCUGAGCGAGGGCGAUUUCAACCAACCACACUUCCAGUGGGCCUACUUUGGCAAACACUAUCCGCGUCUACGAAAGAUCAAGGCCCAGUAUGAUCCGAACCACAUAUUCUAUGCCAAGACCACGGUCGGGUCGGAGGAGUGGACGCAGCGAGCCGACCGACGACUCUGUCGGGUGGAGGACGGAGACCAUGGCGGCGACCAUGGCGGCGAUCACGACGGCGACCACGACGGGGAUGGUGAUGGAGGUGAUGGCGACGACGAUGGAGACGACGAUGGCGAUGAUGAGGUCUAUGACGAGGUCUACGACGGUUGGGUGCUUUGA